CUUUCUGCCGCUUGCUUAUUCUCUAGACGAAAUCAAAUUACAACUUGUUGCAUAGGAUUACCGAGACCACUUUCCUCUCCCCAUAAGCGGUUCAAAUUACGCGACCGUUUUAAAUUUUCGUAUCCCCGCUAGGGGUUUGAAGUUCUAAGUGACGUUUUGUAAAUGGUAACGUUAUACGAAACGUGUAGUUAGUUGGGAGGAUAUGCAGAAAUGCCUCAUUUUCAAAUUAGGUUUGUUUGUGUUGUGUUUGUGCUGUCCUGGGAAUAUGUGCGCGCGAAAUGGGAAUUAAACUACUGAUGGUUCUGGGGCUUUUGAUAGGAGUGCUGUAUGGACUGCAUCUCCUGGCACAGGAUUAUCAAUCAAUAACAGCGCCGAAGUUCCUGCGAAUGCUAUUCAAACGUGACCUUAACUCUACCACGAAUUACAAGGCUACAGUAAGAUGGGGAAAGAUAUUGCGCUAUGAUCCAAUACAAUGCGCACGACUGUUCUAUUGUGAUCUGGGAGCACAUUUGCCGGACAAUGAACUACGACGAGGUUUCACCUACAUGCUCGCUCUAGAUACCAAAGAAGAAGAUAAGACUGCGAUGGAGGAAUUCAAGACGGCGUACUUUCAUGGCAGAGCGCUUCGCAGUAAUCCUGAGCUAUGCAGAGAGAAAUACCCGACGUGCCCGUUUAAAGCUACGCUGUUAUUCGACUUGCUGCACUAUUUGUUGCAUGAAAAGCUUUGAAGGUUUUUUAUUAGAGGACAAUUUACCGUUUGACUAGUGUUCUUACAGGGGUGGCGCUUCC